AUGAGAAGGGCCAGCCUCAAGACCCAUUCCCAGUCAUCCGCUCCCACCGCGAGACUUCCCCCGACAAAGAAGAUCCGGAGAGACAAGCUGAACGUAGGAACAAAUCUUGGCUUCCUGGACUCCAGCUUGUACGUUGUCAGCAGCUCAACACACAGAACUGACAGAGGUGAAACAGAAGGCUGCAGUCUCGGCUCAUGCAGUCUGUCAAACGGUUUCUGUCCCAAAGCAGGGCUGAUCUUGGGAUUGCGCCAGCUGUCAGAUAUCACCGGGACACAUGCCUGUCAGUUUACUGACACCGCUACAACGUGUUUUUAUCGCUGGCUGUCCAGACGGAAGGUGCUGAAACGCUUUGUCGCGUGUCUGGAAGAAGUGAAAACUUUCCUGGGCAGCAAAGGGCUCACCUUUCCUGAGCUGGAACAGCCAGAGUGGCUGGAAAAGCUACACUUCAUGGUAGACAUGACAGCGCACCUGAACACGCUGAACACAGCUCUUCAGGGGAAAGGACGUACAGCCCUGCACAUGUUGGAGGAUGUUUUGGCAUUCGAGCGCAAGUUGACAGUGCUUGCCAGAGAUUUACAGAAAGGCACUUUGUCUCACUUCCCCAAUUUGAGAGAGUUCAAACAAGGUCACGACAUGAUAAUUUCGGAGUAUUUACAUUCUGCAAUCAUCGCAAUGCAAACAUCGUUUGGGAAACGCUUCUGUGAGUUCAGAGAGGAAAAAAACACAUUAUCCUUCCCGGUCACUCCCUUAAGCAUCGAUCCUUCCCUACUGAAUACGACUGCAUUGGCAGGUGUGAGUCAACCUGAUCUUGAGAUGGAACUGGCCGACAUAGCCGACAAAGACAUAUGGGUGUCCAAGUUUAGACGCUUGACAGCAGACCUUGAAGAUGUUGCCCGUCAGAAGGCCGUUCUUGCUCAGAAACACAAAUGGAGUGAUAUUGAAAACCUCACAGAUGACAGCUUGCGAUCCUGUGUAAAGAUGAAGGUGACAUCAUACAGCCCUGAUGUGCAGACGCUGUGCGCUGAGGUCCAGGAGCAGAAAUCCCAUUAACCAAGAUGACAGCUGGCUGACGUUAUUUUUGGUUUGCUGCUGGCGGAAAAUUUAAGUUCGGCGUUUUUCAUAAAUACAAGAAGGACUCAAAUAGACAUUGAAUAUUUUACUUAAAAGUAACUUUCAACCCAACGUCUUUUUUUCGGAGUUCAAAAUGUUUUUGUUGCAUGCAGAAAUGUAAUUUCGUUUUCUCUGCAGGAGUUCAUCAAUUUCAUAAAUGCAACACAUUAUAGUUUGUUUAUACAUAGCAUAAAGGCAAAAAAAACGUUGUAUGCAGUGUUAUUUCAUUU